AUGCUCAAAAUAGAGAGCGUCGGAGCGGUUCCCGACAAUAUCACAGAAAGUCCCGUAAUAGCUGUGCGCCUUGUCGGAGGCGUCGCACGUAACGAAUCCUGCUCUUUUACUUCCACAAACGCUUAUGAAUUGGCCCCUAUUCGGUCUUCAAAGUCACAAGCGAAAGCCUCCGUCUGGAAAUCCAAUGUCGGUAAUACCUCGAAUGACCUUACACACUUUAGAAACACCAAGUUUGAUUUGAAUCCUCAGGCUCUCUUUGGUAAUGUGAGCCUAUGCGGGGCGUGGCACGAAAUUUUAAACCCGAGGGCAACGAUUUCAAUGAUUCGAGUCAUGGAGGAGACGUACCUCCUAUCGUUGCUACCAAAUAUCGAAAGUGGAAUCUUUGGUCAUGAAUUCAGUCGCCUGGCGAGCACUUUUGAGUACGUAAAUCGAACAUUCACGGCGCUCUAUGAGCUUCACCAAUGGUCUCAGAGUACAUCGCGCUCAGAUCUAUAUACUUCCGCACACCAACAUCAUAUCGAAGCAUCGGUCUUGUUCAGACACUCACGGCCGGAGGUGAAUGGGACUAAUUGGAUGGCGGUCUUGAUAUUUGGAAUUGGAGUUAUAAUUUUCCAAUUUGCUGCCCUUUUAAAAGCACCCGACACGAUAGACAACUAUCUUGAGCUAUUCCAUGUUUUACGUGGUUCCUUCCAGUUGGCUACUGAGUUGGCGCCAUUUCUACGAAAGAGUUCAUUGAUGCUCCUCACCCAGCCUCGCCUACAAUCACCCAAGAUGUGUCUGGAUGAACUCGCACUGAAUAUCUUAGCCUGUCUUGAUUCGCUCGACUAUCCCGAGGAUACUACGGGCGAGACUAAGCGCGCUUGCUUGCAGUCGAUUAUAUGCCUGAAAGAAUGGAUUAUUGAGGUUAAUGGAUACCCUGGAAACUCGCGUCAGUUCAUAGAUUGGCCAGCCGCUGUUCCGGAGCAGUAUAUCUCUGCUCUUUCGCAAAGACAUUCAACGUCACUUGUUAUAUUUACUUAUUGGUGUUGUAUCAUGCAUCGCUGUCCAAAGAGGUGGUAUGCUGGCUGGGCUAGCAGAGCUGCAUCAGUAGCGAUGAGUUACCUAGGGGAGGAGUGGGAUCACGUACUGGAUGCACCCCGGAAGGUAUUGACGUUGGAGCCUGGGGAUUCCAACCCCAAUACGCGGCCUUAA